AGACUUGUUUUCUUUUAAGCUUCCUCAGAAGUUGAAAACGGUGUACAUGUAAUUUGAACUGGAUUCAGUGGGCACCAAUCAUGAUGUAUUUUUGAAAAAGAAAGAAAUGAAAAUGGCGGGCUAAGCAUAUCAUCUCUCCCACUUUUCAAAUCUUCACAAGCACUUACCACAAAGAAAAGCACGCAGAGAGAGAGAGAGAGAGAGAGAGCAGCAGCAGCGUAAGGGGAAAAAUGAGGAACAAAAUGGCGGAACUUAGAUUGGUUUGUGAAAGGGAAAUUCCAAUUCAACACCACAAAAUCGAUGCUGCUACUCUCUCCUUCAAAAAAUCCCUCGAUUCAACUAAGGCUAAAGUACAACAAACUCUUCAAUUCCACGAAAAACUAGGGGAGUUAAAAGUUGAGCUGAGGGAGUUGGAAGACAAAUUGGUUAAAGCACUUGCAGCCAAGACCCGUAAAGAGGCAAAACAGAUAGCAGUAGCAGACUCAAUAUCUGCUACAAAAGAUAGAGUUGAAGAACUUAGAGGGGUUGUGGAAAAUCAGAGGGCCAAGAAAGAUGAAUAUGCAGCCAUAAUAUCUCAACAAACUGAUGAACUCAAAGCAUGUGAAGAAAAGCAUAAUCAGACUGCUGAAAAGAGAGAGGAAAUAGAAGAGGCUAUUACGUGGUACAAUAAGGUUUUCGGAUUACGCAUUGAAUGUGGCCACGGAGUGAAAUUCAUAUUUACCAAUAUUGAUGCCAAUAAUCAGGAUAAGGAGUACUUUUUUACCGUACGUCAUGAGAAUGAUGUAUAUACUUUGCUUGAUUGUGAUCCACAACUAAAUGAAGCAAAAGAGUUGCUCAGCGAGUUAAAUAAGAGCAACGGACUGUUCAAGUUCGUCAGGACUAUGAGAGAAAAGUUUCAAGCAGCCGUAACACAUGGGACAUUUCCUGACAUAGCAUCACGUGAUCAAGACACUUCCAUGAUCUCUAUAUCUGGCCCAUUUUCUUCCAUUUCAACUGAUAGUAGAAGUGAGGUUUUAUCCCAGCAAGAGGAGCAUCAAUCUGAUGAACGUAACAGAAAUUCCAGGAAACUUGACCGUGCCAAAGGGAGUAGGGCAGCAGUCCUAUCUCCUGGAUCUGCAUCAUCUCUCCGGCGUUCUCCUCGUUUUAAGGUCAAAAGAUGAUAAUGAUUGUGCAGUUACCUUUUCAUUUGAAGUUGCUUAGCCAACAAGUUCUCGAGUCCUGGUAAGAUAAAACCUACUUUGCUUCUAUGUAAAGAUGGGGAUCAAUAACGAGUCAAGUCAAAUCGCUACCUGAUCAGAUGCUGAAAGCCUUGCUGUCUUUACAAACCGUGUGUAGUAGCUGUUGAUUUUUCUCCAUUGUAUCGUCAAAUGACUUUCGAGCUAGUCAACUUACUCUGCUGUAGCAAUUCACAGUCGUGACGAAUUACUUUCUCUACAAAAGACAGAUCCCUUUUUUUCUUUCUUGUACAUUGUAAUGUAUCAUCAAAUGUUUGUAUUUUACGAUAGAGAUCGCUUCAAUGCUGCACUCUUUUUUUGCACU